UGAAAUAAGAUUUCCAAGCAUUUGACUUCAAAUUGGAAUAAAUAACUAUCAUAAAGAACACUGACAUUCACUUCUCUGUUAAUUCACAUGGGAGGAAAACUUGGAUAACAAUAGAACUCAAUACUCUGUGGUUGAUAUUUUUUGACCGAUGUAAAAUCCUUGUUAAACAACUACUGUAUGAUAUGAAUAGUGAAUGAAUUGAAAAAAAUAUUUUUCAUCCUUAUUUAACGUGAUGUUCACCGUUGUACAUUAAGUAAUAUUGUCUGUCUAUCUAUCUUUCUAUUUCACGUUAUAUGUACAUAAGCUGUAUUAAACUACUAUUAAGUAGUUUGGAUUUGUUAACGGUAUUUAUAUGCACUGUAAAAUUUUAAUUAAUUCCCAAAUUUGCUAUAUCGAUACGGGUACAUGGAUGACUAUUCCAAAACUCAUAAUAAUAAUCAUAAUAAUGGUAACCCUAUACCACCAGAUCAAAAUCCAUAUGAAUCUAAAUUUCUUUAUCCAGAUAAAUUAUCAUUAACUAAUCCACCGAAAGAAUUUAAUAAUGCAAUUAGAAAAUUUCAAAGACACUAUAAUCUACCUAUUACAGGUAAAUUAGAUGAAGCUACAAAAAAUCUAUUAAUUUCACCACGUUGUGGCAAUCCAGAUCAACAAAUUAAUUUGAAACAAUCAUCAAGAUUAUUAUCCAAAUUAAAAUUUGGCAGUACAUUCCAUUUUAAUCAUAAUUAUUCAUUAACUGUACAAAAUGCUAAAAAUAAUAAUAAUAAUAAUAAUCACAAUGAAAGAAGAUUAUUAAAAAGACAAAAACGUUAUUUAAUUGGUGAUGAAAAAAUGAAAUGGACAAAGAAACAAUUAACUUGGCAAAUCCAAAGUUAUCCAUCACAUUCUUUAUCAAGGGUACGUGCACAUGCAGUAUUUCAGCAUACAUUCAAUUUAUGGUCAAGAGUGGUUAAUUUAGAUUUUGUGGAAGAAAAAGAUUAUUAUAAACCAGCUGAUAUUGUGAUACGAUUUGGAGCUGGCAAACAUGGAGAUUCUAUACCAUUUGAUGGAGCAGGUGGAGUACUAGCACAUGCUUACUAUCCAACACCGGAUAAUGUAUAUUCAUUUUCUGGUGAUGCACAUUUUGACGAUGAUGAAAUCUGGAAUGAUGGACCACAUAAAACACAUAGAAAUUUGAUUUCCGUCGCAGCUCAUGAAUUAGGGCACAGUUUAGGAUUAGGUCAUUCAUCUGUACCAACUGCCAUUAUGUAUCCUUACUACACAAGAACAUGGGAAAAAGUUAAGUUGGAUCCAGAUGAUAUCGCUGGAAUACAACAAAUUUAUGGUGCUGCUAAACCGGGUAAAUUUAUACCACCUGAACCAAGUUUGCCUGAUAUACCCCCACCACCACCUGUAACUACAGAAGCUCCAAAACGUGAGAAUGUUUUCGAUUUCUGUAAUAUCAGUGUUGAUGCAAUUAUUAAAAUUCGUAAUUUAGAAUUGUAUGUUUUUAAAGGAGAAUGGCAAUGGCGAGUAACAUGGUCAAAAACUGUAACAACAUGGAUUACCUAUCAAUUUCGUGACGGUCCAGCAAAAAUAACUUAUUACUGGCCUGCAUUACCUAAAUACGUUGAUUACAUUAAUGCUGGUAUUGAACGCCAUGAUGCAGCUAUUUAUAUUUUUCGAGAUAAAAAAUUCUGGCUACUUCUGGAUAAUAUGAGAAUGAAACCUGGAUUUCCAAGUGAUGGAUUACCUCUAACUAAUCUUGGACUUCCAUCGUACCUGGAACGUGUAGACAGUGUAUUUUUAUGGGGAGAAAAUCAAGCAAUUUAUAUCUUCGCUGGAAAAUAUUACUGGCGCUUGGAUGAAAAUUCUGGUCCAUUUGGCAAAGUAAUUAAUGGUCCGGACUAUCCUCGUCUGAUAGAAGAUACAUGGCAGGGAGUUCCUGUUCCUACACAAGCUGCAUUUACCGGUCUCAAUGAUGAAACUUUAUUUUUUGAAGGUACAAACUACUAUGUAUUCGAUAAUAUAGCAAUGCGUACACGUCCUGGAUAUCCAAAACAAGCCUCACUAGGUAUACUUGGUUGUAUGAAAUGAUUAGGAAACAACUGAAUUGAAACAGAAGAAGAAGAAGAAGAAGAAGAAGAAGAAGAAGAAGAAGAAGAAGACAUUACAUCAUUACAAACCACUAGCAAUAUUAAAACUAAAGUUCAUUUUGAAUUUCAAUCAAUUGUUUUUACUCAUUAAUUUUAUAUGUUUAUAUGUCAAUUUUGAACAGAAACUGUGUAAUAAAUCCUAGUUUAUUCAAAUUAACUUAAAACUUUAUAUUACUUUUUUUAGAAAUAUAAGAAUUUAUGUAUACCCUACAUGAGAAAAUGAAAAAAGGUUAUCGCUUUUACAUCAAUAAUUACCAAA